AGGCGGACCUUCCCUUUCGGUGUCUUGAGCGGCAGCGGUAGCGUCCGCAACGCCUCGGAUCCCAGCCCCUCCCCCUCAGUGCCAGCCGGCGGUUCCGGACCAAACGCUACCAUGGCAGAGCAGGCCAUCUCCUUCGCCAAGGACUUCCUGGCAGGCGGCGUGGCAGCGGCGAUCAGCAAGACGGCGGUGGCGCCCAUUGAACGAGUCAAGCUGUUGCUUCAGGUACAACAUGCAAGCAAACAGAUUGCUGCUGACAAACAGUACAAAGGAAUCAUUGAUUGUGUAGUUCGCAUUCCUAAAGAGCAAGGAAUCCUAUCCUUCUGGCGUGGCAAUUUAGCCAAUGUCAUCAGAUACUUCCCAACCCAGGCUCUCAACUUUGCCUUCAAGGAUAAGUAUAAGCAAAUAUUUUUAGGAGGAGUAGACAAGCACACACAAUUCUGGAGGUAUUUUGCUGGUAACCUAGCCUCUGGUGGUGCAGCUGGAGCUACCUCCCUUUGCUUUGUCUACCCUUUGGAUUUUGCAAGAACCCGUCUGGCUGCUGAUGUUGGAAAAGCUGGUGCUGACAGAGAAUUCACAGGCCUGGGGGACUGUCUAGUCAAAAUCUUCAGAUCUGAUGGCCUGCGUGGCUUAUACCAAGGCUUCAAUGUCUCUGUCCAGGGUAUUAUCAUCUAUAGAGCUGCCUACUUUGGAAUCUAUGACACAGCAAAAGGUAUGCUCCCAGAUCCUAGGAACACUCAUAUUGUGGUCAGCUGGAUGAUUGCACAGACAGUGACUUCUGUAGCUGGUGUGGUCUCCUACCCCUUUGACACAGUGCGGCGUCGAAUGAUGAUGCAAUCUGGGCGUAAAGCAACUGAAGUCAUGUACUCUGGAACAAUUGACUGCUGGAAGAAGAUUGCAAGAGAUGAGGGUGGAAAGGCUUUCUUCAAGGGUGCAUGGUCCAAUGUUCUUCGAGGCAUGGGUGGUGCUUUUGUGCUUGUGUUGUACGAUGAGUUAAAGAAAGUCAUCUAAAAAAACUUGGUAGAAUUGUAAGUUAAGUUGACAGAUCAUGUAGAAUAACUUGCCAUUAUGGACCAUUGACCAAAACAAAAUCCUGUGCAGUCUUAUUUAUCGGGGCCAGAUCAUGUGUUAAGUAGGGCUAGAAACUGCCUUCAGUGAACUGAUGUACUUCAGUACCAUUAUUCAGACAUCAAAAGAGACAACUUAGUUCACUAGAGUUGUCUGCUUUUGGUGUUUAUUGUAGUGGUAGCAGUUCUGGGACCAAGGCAGCUGAUCUGCACACGUCUGGGGAUUAGCCAGAAGUUUCAAGUCCUAUCUUAAAGGACCAUAAAACCAUGUGUUGAGAAGAAUUCAUUUAACAAAUCAUAUUUUUCCACUUGUACUUAAGCAUUAUGUACUGUUUUGCACAGCUAAACAUCUAGCGUUUGUGUUCUCAAAUUUGGGGCAUUCAGUGAAACAAUAAAACAAAAUUAACUCUG